AUGUCUCCAGUGAUUGACAGCCGGUUGAACUUUGGCCUUGCUCGGUUACAAGGACGUUUGUUUGCGGUGGGUGGCUCUACGACCGGAGAGAAAAUGACGAUGCUUUCAAGCGUUGAAAGACUUGAUCCCAAAUUUAACUCUUGGGAGAAACACGCUCCGUUGAGCCAGGGUAAGAAGGGAGCGAAGUAGCCCCCCACGCAGGCGUUUUUAGUAGAGCUCGUUUUCAUCCCUCCCUGUUGUGGGGAGGGGUGAAAAACGAGUUCCCCUGAAAACGCCUGCGUGGGAGGCUAGGAGCGAAGGGAAUUGUGGGGAUAUCCAAUGUGAUUUUCCACAUAAGCCACUGGUUAACAUCGGGAAAGCAGAAGCGGAGACAGAGAGAUUAGAGACAAAGGCGCAAAAAACAAACAAACAAACAAAAACGGAAGCUCCAUGGAAGCAGGGACAGAAAUAAUGGAAGACUUCAUAGUAAAUGGUUUAAAGCCAGACUAUUGCAGAUAAAGGAAAAAAAAACUGAUUCCGGAAUCCUCUAGAAACUGAAUUGAAAACAUGCUACAUCAGUAUGAACCUCAAGACUGAUGUUAAGCAAACAAGGCUUCCGCUUUUGUUCCGUCGUUAUGGAUAACAGGAGGACAUAAAAUUGUUUCCCUUCGGUUUCCCGUUUUUUUUUGUUUCGUUUCUCUGUGAAAACCUGCAAUCGAAGCCCCCACCCCAUAACAACGUUGGUCUUUAGCAAGGGAACAUGUUACAAAAGGUUGAGUUCGCAGUUAAGGAAAUACUAGAGUGUUCCAAUUUAGGGUUCUGACUUAGUUUAGGUUUACAAAAAUACCCUAGAAGAUAGAUGAUACUGGCUUUAGCGUGUGUGAAAAAGAAAGUUGCUAGAAACUUUUUUGGUUUAUCAAAAGCAUUGUAGACAUUGUAAAGCAAAACCUUGGCAGCCACGAAAUUAGUUAUAAAGCUCUCUGGUAGAUUAAGUCGCACUUCAAUGUAUCGGCAGGUCGCUUCAGCCACGAGACCUUGGAACUUCAAGGGAAAAUAUACGUUGUUGGAGGAGUUUUAGAAAGAAAUGGUCAAGAGCAAACGAUGGACUGCUAUGAUCACGUGACAGACAAGUGGACUUCACUUUCUGCACCCCGUCAGAAUCGUCAUUCUCACUGUUCAAUGUCACUAAAUGGCUACCUUUAUGUGAUUGGAGGUAAGCUUAUGGCAUUUUUGUUAAAAAACUUAUUAGGUAACCAGAGGAGCCCGCAAUCCUGAUCUCCAGGUUACUACUACGCAUGCGCGGUAAAUAUGUCACCAGUUUGGAUUUCCUAUUAGAAUAAAUGGAAUGCGCAGAACACAUCUGAUUACGCGCUAUUGCACCUUCUAUCACGUGAAACCCACGCAAAUCACAGCGUUUGACCUUCUUUCGAUCUCGCACGCAUUCUGUAACCUUUGGUUAUUACUAGUUUCCUAGACCAGUUAACGUACAAUGACAUUGUAUCGCCCAUGUAAAGGAAUCAAAGACAUUCUGGGAUUCUGAAUUCACGCCGUGGAUUUCGGAUUCCAGGUAGCGUGAAUUCUGGUUUCCAAAUUCUGGAUUACGGAAUCCGAAUUCCCUUACAUGGAGAGAAUCGUAGCCAGUCACUAUCAAAGAUCUGAAGCCUCAUAUUUACGUGUUAACGGAUUUACUCAAGACUUGUACCUACUACUUCUGACAGUCUUUUUACCACUGUACAAUCUCUGUAGGAAUCUCCAAAAACAACAACGUUCUUAAGACAGUGGAAAGGUAUGAUCCUCAACACCACAAAUGGCACAACGUGGCGAACCUCAACAUCCCGCGGAGUGGAGCAUGCGCAGUAGUACUGAUGGGUCAAAUCUUCGUGAUGGGUGGUGGUUCAGACGUUCGUAACAUUCUAAAUUCCUGUGAGAUUUACGACCCUGGAGUAGAUAGAUGGUUUAUCGGGAAAGGUGAGUCCUAUCAGCUUUCCUUUUUUUUCAAGGGCUAACAACACGCAUCAAUAAACAUGAUGAACUGUAACUAUAUAUAGUAUAUCUUUUGUUUUUUUGUUAUCUUGUCUUUUUAAGUAGCCACACCAUACCACGUCAUAUUAUGUAAUUUCCGGUCAUUAUUUUACUUCAUAUAUAUUUCUGUAAAUUCGUGAUAUCUCAAUAAACCUGAUGAAGACUAGUAUUGGCCAGUCGAAAUAUCGCAACUUAUAACCCUAUUUGUGAAAGGUUUGAACCCAGGAGUCACUUCAAAAGGUUGAGUUUGAUCGUCCGGGUGAACGUAGUCCUGAAUAACCCUAUUUCACGUUGUUUGAUCAGUCCCUGCAAAAGUCUUCUUGACUGUAACGUUUUCAACGCGCAUCAGUUUGAUCCGCGUCGCUGAAACACCCGGAGGGUACUCCCUAUAAUGACCUACACGGGGAUGCUCAGCCCGAAAGGGGUACCUUUCUCAAGCUUCAGAUGAAAGGGUCGGGAUUUCGUUAGUUGAAGUAUUGGAAAGGGUAGGGAAUCCGUCAUUUCGGUCUUUAAAAGGACCAAAAAGGGCUAACAGACGCAUUUGAGGGACGUGAAAGAGACAAGAAAACUUCGUGGUUUAGUGAUUUAUCCACGUUAAAAAGACGUGCAAAGUUCUAAACUAGGUAAGUGAAACGGGUGCCAUUUUUAAGUCGCAGGUUUAGGAAAGGAGCACAUUUUCUGUCCACAUUUGUAUACAAAAGGGUGAGGGGUUGGACCAGGGGGCGGAGCCGCCCCGUAUAAAACGUUGUCGAGUGCCGCACGUAGCGCACGUCGUCGUUGUCAUUUUUAGCCUCAAGCUUAUUAUUCUUUUGUUUUUCAGAUAUGCAUACUAAACGUGAUCUCGCUGGGGCCACGGUCUUUGGUGGAAGAAUCUACGUGUUUGGUGGUUCAUAUGGUAACGUGGCUGUGACGUCAGUGGAGUGUUAUGACCCCCGUGAAGAUGGUUGGUCCGUUAUAACUGAGCUGCCGUACCCACGAUAUGGAUUUCGGUGCGCAACAACUGCUGUCACAAACGACAUGAUAGCAGACGUGCCUCCUGCGAAACCAAAAGCACGAAACCAAGAAAAAUUGAUUUAG